AUGCACUUCGCCAGCGCAACCUACGUCCUCUCUGCACUCUCCGCUUUAGCCAGUGUGGCAAGUGCCUCCAACAUGACUUGGCAAAUUCAGAUCUUCACUGAAACGUUCUGCAGCGAUGACAGCGAGACGGGCGACUGCAGGAGUGAGGGCACGAAGGACUGCGAAAACAUCAACACCUUCAACAGCCCCACGUCGGGCAUCAAGGUCGACCUCAGCUCCGAGGACGAUUGCCGCACAGUCGUCGCCUACACCGAGCCGGACUGCCUGCACAAUGGUAGCUGGGCCUUGAUGGAGCGUUGA